GAACAAACCAAUCAGACACCACAAGGAAGCACAAACCACACCGAACGUGUGAGACGACCUGUGUGCGUUCUACUCUACUUUCUAAGUUUUCACUGUAGAGACAGCAGUUAUGGCCCAACCUCCGCCGUACAGUGAUCAGAUGACGAAGGGUGAUGACCCAUCUCAAGCCUAUCCUCCUCAGCCAGGAUACCCUCCACAGGGGUACCCUCCACAGGGAUAUCCACCACAGGGCUAUCCACCACAGGGCUAUCCACCGCAACAAGGCUAUCCACCACAAGGCUAUCCACCACAGGGUUAUCCUCCUCAGGGCUAUCCUCCUCAGGCCUACGGAGGGCAGCAGCAGUCCAGUAAUGUCGUCGUUGUCGGACAACCUCAGCCACAGUAUGUGCACACUACCGUCGUGCAGCGCAGGGAUGGGACAAAUCAUCUACUUCAUUUUCUCAUCUGCUUACUCUUUUGGCCGUGGAUGUUCGUGUGGAUUAUUUUCUGCAUCAUGGAGGGCGUGUGAAGAUGGACAUCCUGUUUGCUGACUAAAAACAUUUAGUAUAGUCUGUAUGUUUACUAGAUGCAUUUGGUGUAAUUCAGUGCAUGUUGUUGUACUUAGUUCCUCUAGUUGUGAUGACAGUUUUAGGAAGGCAAACAGAAUACAACAGUCAACAGUUUAGCCUCCUGGCA